UCAUAUGUUUCUGCCAGCACAAACACACCUGCGCGAUCGCAUAAGGCUAAAUCCUAAUAUCCGAACCGACACGCGCCAUUUCCCGUGCAUUUCCAGGCCCCAAAGUCCCGCUAAAUGGCAACACACCUGCUCCGCAAUGGCGCUACCUGUUGGCUGCUCAGGAACUGCAUUUCCCGACAGGCGACGUUGAGACGCAGCCUGCAUGUGACCUCCAGUCUGGAUAAGUCGGUCUCCUUUAACCUCAGCGACAUCGGGGAGGGCAUUCGCGAGGUGACCGUCAAGGAGUGGUUCGUGAAGGUGGGCGACACUGUGGAGCAGUUCGACAAUCUCUGCGAGGUGCAAUCGGACAAGGCUUCGGUGACCAUCACCAGUCGCUAUGAUGGCAAGAUAACCAAGAUUUACCACAACAUUGAUGAGAUUGCCUUGGUUGGCAAGCCUCUGGUGGAUUUUGAUGUGCUGGAUGAGGAGGGCGAUGACGCAGAAGACUCAUCCUCCUCCUCUGCAUCCUCCGAAAGUUCUGCUAGCGAAACGGCGCGGGAGAAACUAAUUGGAGCAGCCGCCACGUCCACUGGCGGUCGUGUGAUCACUCCCGCUACGCCAUCUGUACGUCGCCUGGCCAAGGAACACCAGUUGGAUCUGGCCAAGGUGCCGGCGACGGGCAAGAAUGGUCGUGUCCUCAAGGGUGAUAUCCUGGAGUUCCUAGGACAGGUGCCUCCGGGUACAAAUGUGCCACAUCCCACACUGGCGACCAAUAAGCCAGAGGCUUCUACUGCACCCGCUGCUUCUGCACCUAUUUCCGUGCCCGCUGAUCGCGUAGAAGUGCUCAAGGGAGUGCGCAAGGCCAUGCUUAAAUCGAUGACUGAAUCCCUGAAAAUUCCGCACUUUGCGUAUAGCGAUGAGAUUGACAUGACCCAGCUGGUGCAAUUCCGCAGCCAACUCCAGGCGGUGGCCAAAGAGAAUGGCGUCCCUAAACUCACGUUCAUGCCGUUUUGCAUUAAGGCCGCCAGCGUUGCGCUUUCCAAGUAUCCCAUUGUUAACAGCUCCCUGGACUUAGCCAGCGAAUCGCUGAUCUUUAAGGGUGCCCACAACAUCAGCGUGGCCAUCGAUACGCCGCAUGGUCUGGUGGUCCCAAACAUCAAGAACUGCCAGGCGAAGAACAUCAUCGAGAUAGCCAAGGAGCUGAACGCACUGGUGGAGCGUGGACGAACUGGCUCCCUGUCCCCAACGGACUUUGCCGACGGCACUUUCUCGCUGUCCAACAUCGGAGUUAUUGGUGGUACCUACACGCACCCCUGCAUUAUGGCGCCCCAGGUGGCCAUCGGUGCGAUGGGAAGGACCAAGGCGGUGCCGCGUUUCAAUGACAAGGAUGAGGUGGUCAAGGCGUAUAUAAUGAGCGUGAGCUGGUCCGCCGACCAUCGCGUUAUCGACGGCGUGACCAUGGCCAGUUUCUCGAACGUGUGGAAGCAGUACCUGGAGCAGCCGGCCCUCUUCCUGCUGCACUAGCCUGCCUGAGACUCGAAAAACGCUAACUCCCACGGAUAAGGCUGUUACCCGAUGCAUUUAUCUAGACAUAUAUAAUUUUGUAAAUUGUACGACAAUCCGUUUUGUUCUGGAGCAUUUGCCAUGUGCCGCCGCCCAUCCCCGAAAUGUGCAUUUAUAGGAGGAAUGCUGCUCUGAGCGGCUCCUCGAUUACUUUAAGCUCCUGGCGCACAUGGCUGGCUUUCCGUUUAACUACUUUUUUGUUUACCUGCAUUUAUCCCUUUUUUUUAGUUUGUUAAGCAGCAGCUUUAGCGUACAGUUCAACUGUAGUGUGUGCAUUUAUUUUAAAGCUUUGUUUUAAUGGCUGUCCAAUAAAUAUCCCAAGCGGUUUAUGUGAA